GCGGGUUGUGAGGGAGGAGGCCCGCAAGGUCUUUCUCUUCUACUUACCUUAUCUAUUACUAGACCUUGAAGCUGGUUUCAGUUUAGAAGAGGGAGCCAGUACUAAAGCCGAGGCUGGACUUUGCUGUGUGAGAGACUGGCAGGCUUUCUCUGGGCAUCCCACAGGAAGUUCCUGUUCAUGCCCCACUGUCUGUCUUACCAUUGGGACACUCAGAUCCAGGCAGGGCUGUGGCAGAGUGCUGUCAUGGCUGCUGGACAACCUCUGAGGCCUUGGCCAGAACCCAAGCCUGGAGAUCUGAUUGAGAUUUUCCGCCCUAUGUACAGUCACUGGGCCAUCUAUGUUGGUGAUGGAUAUGUGAUCCACCUGGCUCCCCCAAGUGAAAUCCCAGGAGCUGGGGCAGCCAGCAUCAUGUCUGCUUUGACGGACAAGGCCAUAGUGAAGAAAGAGCUGCUGCGUGAUGUGGCUGGGAAGGACAAGUACCAGGUCAACAACAAGCACGACAAGGAGUACACUCCGCUGCCUCUGAACAAGAUCAUCCAGCGAGCUGAGGAGCUGGUGGGGCAGGAGGUGCUGUACAGGCUGACCAGUGAGAACUGUGAGCACUUCGUGAACGAACUGCGUUAUGGAGUCCCUCGGAGUGACCAGGUCAGAGAUGCCGUCAAGGUGGCGACCGUCACUGGAGUGGGCUUGGCGGCCUUGGGCCUCAUUGGAGUCAUGCUCUCAAGAAACAAGAAACAGAAGCAGUGAGCUGAAUGACUAUCCAGCUUUAGGGCUCUUCUUUUGCUAGAGGGUUGGAGUUUGAUUUAUAGAUUCUACUGCUUUAUAAUUAGGUAUAUUUUCACAAUAUACAAUAAACCACAAGAAGGGAAUUUUCAUGGA